UUCCUAGGUAUCCAAGAAUUUCGAACAACAGGUCCUAUUACCAUAAUUGUACCACAUCCUGUAUUUUAUUAUUUCAAUUUCAUUUUCUCAAUUUCAUCUUAUCAUCCAUAUCUCUCCGUCUUUCUUCUCAAUUUUUAUCGUUAUUUGUCAACCUUCUGACCCCUCCACCCGACGACGUCUCUUCUGACAAAUCGAGACAAAAACCUGCUUCUUCUACUUCGUUCUCUCUUGUCUACUUGUCUAUCGAUUGAACCUUAUUCCGCAACAAAAAAAUCAAGAAAUGCCGUAUAUUCUAAUUUCUACACAAAUCCGAAUGGAGUGUGGUCCAACUAUGGUCGGCGACGGAGAAAGUGACCCGAAACUGAUGGGAACACUGGAGGCGAAGCUCACCAAGCAGUUGGGAAAUGAGUUUCAGGAAUACAUAACAAAAUGGUCGCCACGAAAAGUGCUCAACCAAUUGGAAAAAGAGGGAUGGACAGUGGUCGCUAUGGCUGGAAUCGGACAAACUUGUGCUUGGACUUUAUAUAAAUGUGACGACGAAAAAGAAGAAAAUGGAAUGAAUUUUUGAUUCGUCGCUGUUUUUUUGGCUCCCGUUUUAUAAAUUUUUCUCCUGAUAAACUAUGAUUUUCCUCAUUCUCCCCUACUAUUUAAAGGAAUUUUUAAAGGGAUUUUUGACACCUGGCACCCCAAAUUAACGCAUAUCAGAAUUAAUUUCGAUUUUUUACAGAAUUUUAAAUCUACUAUAUUAU